AUGGGUUCCGACUUCAAAUCGAUCCCCUUGCUCGAUAUCAGCCCGCUUGUCGAAAAGAUUGAUGAUCCAAGCAUGGCCAACGACAAGGAUUUGCUGCAGGUUGUCCGGUUUCUGGACGAUGCUUGCAAAGAGGCCGGAUUCUUCUAUGUGAAAGGCCAUGGUAUUGACGAGUCGCUGAUGAGGGAAGUCAGGAAUGUGACCCGCAAAUUCUUUCAGCUUCCUUAUGAGGAAAAAUUAAAAAUUAAGAUGACACCUCAGAGUGGAUAUAGAGGGUAUCAAAGAUUAGGGGAGAAUAUUACCAAGGGUAAGCCUGAUAUGCAUGAAGCAAUCGAUUGCUAUACUCCUAUUAGACCUGGCAAAUAUGGAGAUCUCCUUCUAAACCAAUGGAAGGAUCUAACUUAUGAUAUUUCAAGAAAGAUAAUGCGAGGUAUAGCCUUGGCUUUGGGAGGGGCGAUUGAUGCUUUUGAAGGGGAUACAGCUGGAGAUCCUUUCUGGGUGUUAAGGUUGAUUGGUUAUCCAGUAGAUAUUCCAGAAGAGCAGUGCACUGAUACUGGCUGUGGAGCUCAUACAGAUUAUGGACUUCUAACACUGGUUAACCAGGAUGAUGACAUAUGUGCCCUUGAGGUGCAAAAUCGCGCUGGUGAGUGGAUAUAUGCAACGCCAAUACCCGGAACCUUUGUUUGUAACAUUGGUGACAUGCUGAAGGUUUGGACAAAUGGAAUAUAUCAGCCCACACUUCACAGAGUUGUCAACAAUUCCCCUCGUUACCGUGUAUCUGUUGCGUUCUUCUAUGAGUCAAACUUUGAUGCUGCAAUAGAGCCUGUUGAGUUCUGCCGAGAGAAAACCGGCGGUGCUGCCAAGUACGAAAAGGUUGUGUACGGAGAGCAUUUGGUUCAGAAAGUAUUGACGAACUUUGUCAUGUAA